AUGCUGCUCACGAUGCGCGUGCUCUUCCUCAUCUCCGUCGUCAUCUCCGUCCAGGCUGAAACGACACCGGCCUGGGAAUUUGUGACACAGGAAUGUGACGUGGGAACUAAGGAUUGCAAGUCGCCGCCGGACACGGAGCCCCCUGUGGCCGGGCGGCUCUGGUUUAGCGUCAGAGACGAGAAGAAGGAUACCAUCUUUUACUACACGUGCGGCCUCGUUGAAAUAUUCUGCCUGUCGAUGAACGACGAGACGCUGACGGACGACAAGAUCGGCUGCUACGAUGAAGACCCCAAUGGCCAAAAUGGGUGUCAAUGUGCGCCGCAGAAGGACGAUAUCUGGGAACUUAAGACGCCCGUGCACUCGGAGCUGCUGUCCCAGUGGAGGUCGGCACAGAAGCCGGGCGAAUCGAAGUGCGGCAUCGUCAUUGUCCGUCCGGACGACGUGUCGCCGACGUCGUCUGCCCGCCGGCUGCCCCUGUUUGCCAAUGUGAUCGUCGUCGUCGUUGCCCUCAUCUCCCCCACCCGCUCUCUCAUCUAC